GCAUCCUUCACGACCUCCACACCAUGACAGAACGAACUCACUCUAACAUGCUCUUUGCAAACUUCAACCAGGACUACUCGUGCAUCUCGGUGGGCACGCGGAAAGGGUACAGUAUCACGAAUUGCGACCCGUUUGGACGUGUAUACACCCAGAAUGACGGCGCGCGGGGGAUCGUCGAGAUGCUGUUCUGCACGUCCCUCAUCGCCCUCGUCGGAGCAGCGGAUCAUCCACAGUCAAGUCCCCGGAAGCUUCAGAUUGUGAACACCAAGCGACAAUCCAUGAUUUGCGAGCUGCUCUUCCCGAGCUCGAUCCUCGCCGUCAAGCUCAACCGCAAGACACUCGUCAUCGUGCUGGAGGCGGAGAUAUACAUCUACGAUAUCUCAAACAUGCGGCUCCUCCAUGUCAUCGAGACGACGCCCAACCCAGACGCAAUAUGUGCUCUUUCACCCUCCUCCGACAAUUCCUACCUCGCAUACCCCUCCCCAGUCCCUUCACCUUCUGCCACCUCAGCCUCCCCCGCGCCCGCUUCCCCCGGCGGCAGUGGUGUCAUCCAAUCCGGCGACGUCCUCCUCUUCAACACACGCACGCUCACCGUCGCAAACGUCAUCCAAGCCCACAAAGCGCCCAUCUCGUUCCUCGCGCUCAACGCAACCGGCACGCUCCUCGCGACCGCGUCCGACAAGGGCACCGUCAUCCGCGUGUGGUCCGUGCCCGGCGCGGAGAAACUCUACCAGUUCCGGCGGGGCACGCGCGAGGCCAAGAUAUACAGCAUGAGCUUUAACGCGGUCAGCACGCUGCUCGCGGUCAGCUCUGCGCACGACACGGUGCAUAUAUUUAAGCUGGGGCCGGGACAGAAGGGCGGGAAGAGGAAUGGUUCGUCCGGUGGUGCGGGCGCUGGGGAGAGGCCGGAGAGUCCGAGGGAGAACGAGUCGAUUGAUAGUCGGGAGGGCGUGCAGGGUGCGGAUGGCGGAUAUGAGGCGUUCAUCGACGAUCGGCGGAAGGGAAACUCUGUCGGGUCCACGUUCCGUCGGACAUCGCUGAGGGUCGGCAAGUCGCUCUCGACCUCGGUGAGCGGAUACCUUCCCAACACGUUCACCGAGAUGUGGGAGCCCGCGCGCGACUUCGCGUUUCUGCGGCUACCAACAAGCGGCGCACGGUGUAUCGUCUCUCUAAGCGGGACGCUCCCCCAGGUGAUGGUCGUCUCGUCCGAGGGCUACUUCUACGCGUACAGCAUCGACCUCGAGAACGGCGGCGAGUGCACACUCAUGAAGCAGUACAGCCUUCUCGAUUCGGCGGAUGAAUCCAACAUGGAGUAACGUUGUCGAUGAGUCUGAUGAGUCGCGGUUCGUGUCCGCGGCCGUGGUGGUUGGGUUGUGGUGCUUUCGCGGUAUCUGGAAUUUCUCUUGGUGGAGCCGUCGUAUCCUGUUGCGUGUAACAUAUACUCAUAGUAUUAGCUGAAUGCGAGUUUCAUC